AUGACCAUUUCUGAUGAAAGCCCACCACUGGAAGUCAGGAGUGCGAAGUCGGAUGCACUGGGGCCCAAAUCCAUCCUUCGUGUUGGGGCAUGGAAUGUCCGCACCAUGUUUGAGACCUCCAAAACAGCUCAAGUUAUCAAUGAGAUGAAGAGAUACCGACUAGACAUCCUGGGUAUCAGCGAAUGCCGUUGGAUAGGAUCAGGACGUCUCACGACAAAUGACGGCUCACUUAUCCUGUACUCUGGACACGAGAGCACACACAGUCAUGGGGUAGCCAUCAUUCUCUCGAGAGAGAAGGCCAGAACUCUCAUGGAAUGGGAGCCUAUCAGUGAGCGGAUUGUUAAAGCGCGUUUUGACUCAAAGUACUGUAAGCUCACUAUCAUUCAGUGCUACGCACCAACUAACGACGCUGAGGCUGAUGUGAAGGAUGACUGGUAUUAG